AAGGGAGACAUUGCUGCACCGAAGGCUUUCGCUGUACUGCCCAGAGAGUGAAGGGCCACGCUUGCUGCUGCCCAUCACCUGGGAGCUGAGCUGUGUCAGCUGGAAGGCCCUAGAUGGGAGGGAUGCCUUAGAACCACAUCAGGGCCACACUGUCCUCAGGCCUUGCCCUGUGUGGGACAGCCAUGGCCAUUUCAGCCUUCGGACUCAUCCUUGCUGUGCUGGCCUCGCUCAUCAUCACUGCCAACGCACUGGUGGCCAUCGCCCUCCUUCGCCUCAUCCAGAAGAGCAGCUGCAAUGGGCUCUACUUUGUCCUUAACCUGGCCGUCGCAGACUUCAUGGUUGGCUUCACGGUCAUGGGUCUGGUCAUGGAUGAGUUUUCCCAGCUCUUUCAUGCCACACAGACCUUUUGUGUUCUGAGAAUGUCUUUCGUGACUUCCUCCUCUGCUGCCUCCAUCCUCUCCCUGACGCUGAUUGCCUGCGACAGGCACUUGGCCAUCAGGCUGCCUUUCCACUACUUCCGGCUGGUGACAGGCCUGCGGGUCGGAGUGCGCUUGGUGGGACUCUGGCUGCUCUCUGCCAUCAUUGGUUUCCUCCCGGUCCUCAUCCCAAGGUUUCAGCAUACCUUCACCAACGACAAGUGCACCUUCUUCGGAGUCUUCCAGCCCAGCUACAUGUUCACCGUCUUCUGCGUUGGCUUCUUCCCAGCACUCUUUCUUUUCAUAUACCUCUACUGUGAUAUGCUGAAAAUUGCAGCCAUGCAUGUGCAGCACAUCCGGGAGGUGGAGCAUGCGGGGCUGGCGGGGGGCUGCCCCCCAUCACGCACUACCAGUGAUAUGAAGGCCAUGCGCACUGUGGCCGUGCUUAUAGGGUGCUUCACACUGUCCUGGCUGCCGUUCUUCAUCGCCAGCAUUGUGCAGACCAUGUGCCCUGAGUGCUUCCCCUACAAAGUCAUUGAGAACUACCUCUGGCUGUUGGGACUGGGUAAUUCCCUCCUGAAUCCCCUGCUCUACUCUUAUUGGCAGAAGGACGUGCGGCUGCAGCUCUCCCAGCUGGCUGCCAGUGUGAAGAGGAGAGUCCUCCUUCGCCUGGGGAAUGGCAAGGGUUUCUCCAGCAGAGACUCCAAGUCCCUCCCCACCGUGUCCUGCUUGCGGCUCCAGGACUGACACGAUAUGAAGGCUCAGGGCCAUAUCCAGCCUGCAGCCAGAACCUGCCUUGGUCCUGAGGCCUUCCUCGUCCCAGAAGAAGAAACAAACAAAAAGCACCCUACAAAAACGAGGCAUGUCACAGCACUCACCUCUUUGCCUGGAAAAGACCUGAGACCAAAUACUACGUGGCAGAUCUUGUUCCUGGCUGUAGCUUAUGGUGAUGAGCCUGAGAUAAGGCUUACAUAGAGCAAAGCUGGCUCCGUGGGUGAACUGAUACCUUGUAGGUGGAUCUAGUAGGUGGAUCUAGUCUGAAUCUGCUCUGGAGAUUAGUGCAUCAUCUGUCUGUAUGACGCAUUUGCUGCCUGUUCUCGGUGAAGCCCAGGGCUCCACCAGCUGUGGCUUUGCAAAGCUGACCCAUCCUCUCUGAGCGUCCAGUAACGCCAAAGCUGUCCUCUGCCUCCCUGCAAAACGCGUCACGCAGACGGUGGUGCGUUAGGGUAUCCAAGUGGGAAGAGGGAUGCUUUGCAAACAUUGCUGCUUCCCGUGCUUGCUGAUCACUGCCUCUGCUGCUGUGCUGCGGCCCACAAGCCCAAAGCAGGCCCAGCCAGGGGCAGUGUUUGUGCCUGGGCACAGGGCCACGUGGGACUGCAGAUCUGAAGCGUGAGGACAGGAGUGGUACCGUUGGCUGUGCAGGUCUGCAGCCAGCAUAGUUCCCCAUCUGCGCUGGGGAUCGUGGCUCAGGCAGCCUCCCAAGUGCCGGAGAUGCUGCAGGAACCCAGGGCAGUGACCUGGAUGGGGGAGAACACACUUCUGCCCAGCUCUUGUGCUACCAGAGGACACACUCCUGCUGGAAAUGGAGCAUCUCCUCGUGGUGGAGGACCCCUCCCUCGCUGAGCAUCCUGCACUCUGGUGCUGACCAGAAGAUGUUCUGCAUCUCCUCUUUCCAUGCCAUGGGCUGGGAGCUGGUGCUUGCAAACAGGGGUAGUCAGAGCUCCAGUCCUGAGAUAUACCUCUAGAUCCUACCGGAAUAGCACGGACCAGCAGCCAUUCCCGCGCCCUGUGCGAGACCACGUCUGCUUUCACCUCUUGUCCCGGAGAGCGCCUGUGUCCCUGCUGUGCCACUGUCGCACCAGCCAUGCAGUGACUCCGCUGGUACCCAGUGCUGUGCAUCACCCCAGCACCCAGAAGGUACGAGAGCGUGGCUGGAAGGCGGAGGCAUGUCCGAGGCCAUGGGGGAGGGAAGGCACAGGAUUAUUCCUGCCGUGAAGCCAUGAGGGGAGAAGAUGGUGGAGCGCUUCUGCUACCUACUGUCAUAUCAGCUGAAUAAAUCACAUUU